AUGGUGUCCAAGAUCAUCAAGAAAAAGACCAUCAAAGACCCGCGAAGCCGCUGUUGCGGCCGCAGAAGAAAAAAUUCUUCAAUCAAGAGGGUCACCUCCACCGCCUCCUCCAUUGUCCUCACAUCUAUCAAGAAAUCUAUCCGUGCCUGCCGCCGCCUCAUCAAGAUCUUCUCAAAACUCGCCCGCUUUGGCACGUCAAAAAAUCCUCAAAAACAAGGUUACCAAUAUCUGAAGAAAGCCCCUGAAGAUGAUACAACACAUUCAUGCCAGUUAUUUGACAAUGGCCUCCUGCCAACAAUGUGGCCGGAAAAGAAGACAGUUAUACUUGAUCUCGACGAGACUCUGGUUCAUUCCAAGUCUGACCCUGCACCGGAGAAGUACGAUUUUGUGGUCAGACCUGUGAUCAAUGGAAGAAAAAUGAAUUUCUAUGUGUUGAAACGUCCCUUUGUCAAGGAAUUACUUGAAGCACUAAGCAGAAAAUUCGAAAUUGUUGUGUUCACAGCUGGAAUUGAGGAAUAUGCAUCGCUGGUGCUGAGAAGGAUAGACCAGAAGGGUGUGAUUUCGCACCGGCUUUAUCGUAAUUCGUGCACAGAAGUGGAUGGGAAGUUUGUGAAGGACUUGUCUCAGUUGGGGAGGAAUUUGAAGAGUGUGGUGAUAGUUGAUGACAAUCCAAAUUCCUAUGGUUUCCAGCCACAAAAUGGAAUUCCAAUACGCCCAUUUACAGAUGAUACCGGGGAUGUGGAGCUAAGGAGGCUGAUUGACUUUUUUGAGGGCUCUCAUUGCUUUGAAGAUAUGAGGGAUGCUGUUAAGCAUUAUCUUGCUGAGGAAAACAAGAAGUUAGAUUCCUGUUUCUUUUUCCCCCAAUUUUCAUGAAAAAUACUGGGUCAAUCAAACCAGGUUCGAUCUCAAAUGAGAAAGGACAAAAAAAAAAAAAAAAAAGGAAAUAUCAUAUGUAACUUGUUCAUUUUUGUUUUUGCUCUGUCCUCUAUAUGUUGCUGUGGUUCUACAACAAUUUUUCACAUUGCCCAAAUUUGAGCGUGGGUGCAAGUUGACAGUGUUUUGGAAUGUUUUAGCAAGUGAGAUAUGUUAAGAUUUUUCUCGGGAAAAAGUAGAAGAAAAGCAAGGGAUCAUUUUGCGGAACCAAGGAGAAACCACAGUAUGCAGGUAUGCAACCAGUAGUAUGGAUUUUUAGGUUAUGAUGUAAUGAG